UUAGUACAACUGCCGAGAGCGUCACUGACUCCACAGUCAAGACAAGCCCACGACUCCUCGACCGCUGGCUCGACGCAGCCGCUAUCCUAUGCUACAUCUUCGACUCGCUCAUGCGCCAGCUCCUUCGUGCAUACUCCGAGUUCCAGGUAGCCAUGGCUUGUUUCCAAUCCCGCUUCGCUAGCU